AUGAUUCAGUACAAAUAUGUGAGAAAUGGAAAAGCGAAUGGUAAAGAAAUACUCCAAAAUAUAUUGCUUAGCGUAGGCUGGUUGCACAUUAAGAAUGACUUUAUGCAAAUGAAUUUAUUUAAAUUUCUAGAAAAAUUAAAUGAUUCAGUACAAAUAUGUGAGGUAAAUGUCAGGGUGCGACGAUUGUCGAGUGCUUUAGGAAACAAUGAAUUUAAUCAUAAACCUUAA